UAUGAAAGAGGAGAUGAAAGCAGUGAUAUUUUGCCUUCUUUUGUCAUACAUGAGAGCUUCCGAAAUCAUCGAAAUUUUGACACAGGAUGAUAUGCAAUAUGUUAAGCUUAGUACGCAUUGCAUCACUGCAGCAGAAAGAUCAUUUUUCACUUUUGAAGUCAAGGCCAUACAUAAUGCUCACUUUGCCUUAAUGAGUGCGGAUGACGACAACGAGCCUCUGUAUGAAAUCGUUCUUGGCGGAUGGGAAAAUUCGAUAUCGUGUAUUAGAUUAAAGAAGCAAGGUAUAUGCUACGGUACAGAACUAGACCAAGUUUUACAGGAAAGCAGCUUUAAGACAUUUUGGGUGUAUUGGCUGAAUGGUAACAUCACCGUUGGUUUAGGAAAUACACAUGAUGGAAAUAUAUUUAUGAAUUAUUUUCAUUCUACUCCGUAUCCCGUGAAGUACUUCGCUGUAAUGACCGGCUUUGGUUCAACAGGACACUGGAAAUUUAAAAACGAUGUCCGAUGCAAUUUUGAGGUCUUUAACAAUACCAAAGUUGUCGAGAACAACACAAAUUGCCAUGGAUCCAUGAAGUAUGAGUGUCACAGAGGGUUCUAUCUUUACAGUGGAAAUUUAAAACGUACCUGUUUAAACAACAGGACAUGGUCGAGAGAACCCCCUUACUGUAAACGCAUUUUGUGUCCACAGCUUACGUCGACAACCUCUUAUAAAAUUCAACACCAGGACACCUAUGUUGGGGGAAAUGUCACUGUCGCGUGUUCUAAUAACUUUCGCCAUUUCUCGGGUAACCUGACCAGGAAGUGUGCAUUAAGUGGAUUAUGGGAAGGCGAGGAACCUGUGUGCUUACGUUGUAAAUGCCCUUGUUCAUUGACUGGUCAGCAGAAGUUCAAUUCAUCAACAGGACUGGAACAAAGGAUUGAACAACGAAAAAAAGAACUAACGAUCCUUAAGAACUCCACAAAUUCUUUUUAUCGAAAGAAGAUCUCUGCUUCAGACAAUCGGCCUUCAUCCGCUGGACUUGGAUAUUUGUUUGGUUGUGGUGUUAUUCUUUUCAUUAUCUUAUCUUUGGUGAUUUCAGAUAUGCCGAAAUUUUACAGACAUGUUCGAUUUGGAGCAGAUUGAAACUUUUUAAAACCGUUUUUAUAAACACCAUAUUCGAAACAUUACUUACAUUUAUAUUUUAUAAUGUUUCAAAUCUAAUUAAAAAAGAAAAUGAUUUUAAUUAAGAUGUAUACUGUAAUUGCCCUUAAAAUCGUUUACCUGCGUGGAUACAAGCGGAAAAUCUUAUAAUAUAUCUAUUUUGAUUUUUAGAUUAAAGAAUUGAAGGAAAAAGAAAAUUCAAAGUAUCGGGUACUGUGCCCUUCUGCCACUUUAUUGUCUAAGUGGUUGUAAUGCAAUCAUUUAUGCCAUGUUAUUACAGCCUUAUUUUGUAUGUCCAGUGUCUUGUCUUUUCAUCAUAAAACUCCUAGUUUAAGAUGGUGCCAUUGGAUGACUUUACAUGUACAUAGAUAAAUUACAUGCGAAUGGAUAACGUACAUUUAACAUAAAUAUGACCAAGUUUAAAGGAAUGUGAAAAUAAUUUUUGGCUGAAGGAAAGAGAAAAAAAGAGAAAGGGCUUCAAUAUUUGACAUAUAGCUUAUUUUGACAACACAUUUCAGACAGAAUAAUCAUACAGUGUGUAUUUGAUUUCAUAAAGAACUCAGUUUACUUCAUGCAUAAAACAGCCCUGUAGAUAUACAAAUUUAUUUACCAUCACUUCCAUAUUAAACAUUAAAAUAAAGUAGAGACUUGGUACUUUCAUUUCCUAUUAGAUAUUUUCUUCUUAAACUCGACGCCUUGGAACACAUACUUUUAUGAAAUUGCAAUGUUCUUGAAUUUUAAUGUAAACACGUAUAUUUGAAUAGAUCAGAGAAUAAAAAUAGUAUAAGCGCACCCUCUAACAUAAAAAUAAAACAUGUCUUGUUACCCUCAGAAACAGA